AAAAAUUGCUCUUGCAACAGUUUUAUGUCACUAGCAGGGAAGAAAGGGUUAACCCCUUACUGUGCUUGUUCAUUCAGUUGUGCUCAGAGUUGCCUUGAGAGCAGCAGCUGCAGUAUGAACAUUACAGCCUAGCCCAAAUCAUCUUACUCCCAUCCUUGGACUGAUUAAUACUGUUCUUCAUUGGUCCGAUUUAUACAACGUUUACACUUUAUUCUUCUUCCACUAUCUGCAAAGCAGUUGCAUUUUUUUCUGCACUCUGAAUAGAACUCAUAGCAGCUCCAAUGGCAACUAAAAUUGACAAAGAAGCUUGCAGGGAAGCUUAUAACCUGGUUAGGGAUGACAACAAUGGGAUCAGCUGGGUAACAUUUAAAUAUGAUGGCUCCACGAUCAUUCCUGGAGAAAACGGUUCAAGCUUUGAAGAAUUUCAAACUACAUGCACAGAUGAUAUUCGGCUGUACGCCUAUAUUAGAUUUACUGCUGGCGAUGCAAUGAGUAAGAGGAUCAAGUUUGUCUUAAUCACCUGGAUCGGCGAAAAUGUCAGCGGACUCCAAAGGGCAAAAAUUGGUACAGAUAAGACACUGGUGAAAGAUGUAGUACAGAACUUUGCCAAAGAGUUUAUGAUCACAGAUCACAAAGAACUGGAUGAAAACUACAUUAGGAAUGAGUUGAAGAAAGCAGGAGGUGCCAAUUAUGAUGCCCAGACUGAAUAAGCUGUGAAUAUCUAACUGUCACUGCCUGUUACGGUCAGGUGAAGAAACCAAGAAAAUAGGGGGGAAAAAACUGGAAAAUAAAAGAACAAAAAAAAUCAAAAA